AACUGCGCAUGCGUCCCUCUCAACAGUCCACCGUCGCACACUGUGGCAGUUAACGCCUUUAAUAGGCUCUAUGCUUCUAUUGAGCAACAACAGCUAUUAGAAGCCAACGAGGCUCGCGGAGUGUUGAAUUAUGAGUCAAGCCGGCCCCCGUCCGUCUGCCUGGGCCACGCCCCCAACGAAUGCCCGGUGACGUCACCAUGACGCAACGUUGGCGGCAAUUUGGAAUCCGAGAGCGCGCGCUUCCCGUUUGUGGCUAUGACGACCCUGGCCGCCUUUGACAAGUUGCCCACGCUUAAUACCGCCACAAUUCUGCUAGUGGGAACAAAUACUGUUUUCCAGCAGCAGUUAGCAGAGACAAUUCUUAAGGAAAAACAAGAUUUAAAAGUAAACAUUCACUUGACAACCUUUCUCCCUUUACCUGCGGAGAGAGAUCACAUUCGACCCCGAAUUGACCUGAUUGUCUUUAUCAUUGACAUUCAGAACAAAUACAGUUUUAAAGAAAUUGAAGCAUCGCUGAUACAUAUUGAUGCCAAUUUUUUCCUUGGAAAAGUGUGCUUUCUGGCCACAGGUGUUGGUAGAAUGAACCAAAUCAGUGUGGAUACAAAUGCUGUCUUGAAGCUGGCAGAUCGCUACUGUAGUCCUGUUCUGUUUUGUGAGCUGGAAUGUGAGAAGAUCAGAAUUGCCACAGCACAAAGGCUUUUCCGGAUGUUGCAAAUAUGCAGUGGUCAUGUGCCAGGGGUGUCUGCCCUCUCCUUCAGUUCCUUAAUGAAAAACUCGAUUGAUGACUCCAGUUUCAUGGCCUAAAUAGAUUUUCAAGUUAACAGAAGCACACAUAAACCUUUUAAAGGAGGAACAUGAAACAUUGAACAAACAUACAUGUUUCAAAUAUAAAGUUUAAUAAAUGAUCUUAAUAUGGGUCAGGAACAUUAGAAAUGGAAAUUAGAUAGUUUCAAAGAAAUCAGUUAUCACCCAUAUUAUUGGCUUUCUAGUUUAGUAUUUUGUUCACCCACAUGUAUGUUUAUCCUCGUAAUAAAUCUCCAGUAUUAUGUGUUCAGAAAAAAAAGUAUUCUGGUUUACAGCGAAAUAGAAGAUAGGUAGACAGCUAUAAUGCAAGCAAAUUUAAAGAUGCUGUUUUCAUAGAAUAGAUGGGCAAGCCCUUUAAUCCCAGAAUUGCAACUAGUGCCAAGGGGAAGAAGCUAUUCACAAACCUGUACGUCACAAUAUGGUAGGAAUCUAGUAGACGCUAACAAUGAUGCUUUGCUGAUUAAAAUAGGGUUCUAAUUAUAACAAAUAGAGCAUAAAAUUUCAACAACCAUAGAGCACAAAAUGUCAUUAGUGUGUUUUUUAUGGAGAUUCAACCAUCCCAUCUGAGUAAUAAAUCUGUUCUCUGUUAUUUAAAAUAUGUCUACAAAAUAAAGUAGCAAAUAUUUUCAUACUA